AUGGGUGGCAAGAACCGCAGGAGGGGAAAGAACGACCUCGACGGCGACAAGCGCGAGCUUGUCUUCAAGGAGGACGGCCAGGAGUACGCGCAGGUUGUCAAGAUGCUUGGUAACGGGCGAUUGGAGGCCAAGUGCCAGGACGGCGAGACCCGUCUUGGCCAGAUCCGAGGCCAGAUGCGCAAGAAGGUUUGGAUCACCGUUGGUGACAUCAUCCUUCUUUCGCUUCGCGAGUUCCAGGACGACAAGGCGGACGUGAUCCACCGCUACACGCCUGACGAGGCGCGUAACCUCAAGACCUACGGAGAGCUGAAGUCGGACUUCCAGAUCACCGAGGCCGCCGAGGAGGGUGGUCCGUCGGACGACGAGGGUGGUAUCGAGUUCGAGGAGGCCGAGAUCGACGACCUCUAG